AGAUGUCAAACGUGCCGUAGUUCAUGAAGAGAGAAAGAACGUCUUCUUCUUAGACCUGCGUAGUGUCUUCUUGAACUGAGGAACCUCCCCGGGCUUCAAUUUAGUCCUUCUGCUGGUCACCGUAGCCGUCCUAACUAGCCUUCACAGCAAGGUCUUACACCAUGUCCAUCCAUAAGAUCCAUGCCCGAGAGAUCUUUGAUUCUCGUGGAAACCCUACUGUUGAGGUUGAUCUUUACACUGAAAGAGGCUUGUUUAGAGCUGCUGUACCAAGCGGUGCAUCCACUGGGAUCUACGAAGCUUUGGAGCUUAGGGACAAUGACAAGUCUCGCUACCUUGGGAAAGGAGUCUCAAAGGCUGUAGAAAACAUAAACUCAACUAUUGCUCCUGCACUUGUAGGCCAACCGGUAUCUGUGAUUGAGCAAGAGAGAAUCGACCAGAUGAUGAUUGAGCUGGAUGGCACCGAAAACAAAUCCAAAUUUGGUGCAAAUGCCAUCCUGGGUGUGUCCCUGGCUGUCUGCAAAGCCGGUGCAGCAGAGAAAGGUGUCCCUCUGUAUCGCCAUAUUGCUGACCUUGCAGGAAACCCACAAGUCAUCUUGCCUGUGCCAGCCUUCAACGUGAUCAAUGGUGGCUCCCAUGCUGGUAAUAAGCUUGCCAUGCAAGAGUUCAUGAUCUUGCCUGUGGGCGCGAGCAGCUUCAAAGAGGCCAUGCGCAUUGGAGCUGAGGUCUACCACAACCUUAAGAAUGUUAUUAAGAAGAAAUACGGUCAGGAUGCCACCAAUGUUGGGGAUGAAGGUGGCUUUGCUCCAAAUAUCCUGGAGAACCAGGAAGCUUUGGAGCUGAUAAAGGAAGCCAUUGCCAAAGCGGGAUACACAGACCAGGUUGUGAUCGGCAUGGAUGUGGCAGCAUCAGAAUUCUACCGGGAGGGAAAAUAUGACCUGGACUUCAAGUCUCCUGAUGACCCGAGCCGUUACAUCACUCCUGAUGAGCUGGCUGAUCUUUACAAGAGCUUUGUGAAGGAUUAUCCAGUGGUUUCCAUUGAGGACCCCUUUGACCAGGAUGACUGGGCAGCCUGGACCAGUUUCACUGGGAGCACAGACAUUCAGAUUGUGGGAGACGAUCUUACGGUAACCAACCCUAAUCGCAUCUGCAAGGCUGUGGAGGAGAAAGCCUGUAACUGUCUGCUGCUAAAGGUCAAUCAGAUUGGCUCCGUCACUGAGUCAAUGAGAGCAUGUAAAAUGGCUCAGGAGAACGGCUGGGGUGUGAUGGUCAGCCAUCGUUCUGGUGAAACAGAGGACACGUUCAUCGCUGAUCUGGUGGUUGGCCUUUGCACUGGGCAGAUUAAGACUGGAGCUCCUUGUCGUUCUGAGCGUUUGGCCAAAUACAACCAAAUUCUGAGAAUUGAAGAAGAACUGGGAAACAGCGCUUGUUUCGCUGGGAAAAACUUCAGAAACCCACUGGCCCAAUAAAUCAAUCAAUCAUUUCUUUCUACAGACAUGUGAAUUUAUACACAAAACUGUAGGAGAACAGGCAGUCAUGGUUAAUGUAGGGCUACUGUUACAUGCUACUGUUGCACUAAUGAUGGUAAUGAGUUUAUAAAAAGUGAGCAUACUGUAGUAACCAGCCACUCUGCUGUAUUCUGUUUUCUGCAUUCAUAGUACAACAGUUAAUCUAUUUAAAAUGAGUAAUAUUAAUUUAUGACUCUUGCUAACUGUGGUAAAAAUGUGAACUUGAAGUCAAAGUUAAUAAACAGUUUUAUUAGACAAUC